AUGAGUGUGGAGAAUUUCACUUAUUUGCGGCAGCUGCAGCAGCAUCAAAGGCAGCUCCACGCGACGACUGAGGUUCGUCAGACGAAAGGUCCACUGAAACAGCUACGACCGCAGAGGUCAUCAAGCGCAGAAAGACCCUCUUCAGAACGACCCAAGAUCGACUUAGGUGCAAGGCAGGUGGAUAGGCAUUCGCUGGCCAAAAGAGGACUAGCCCGGAUCUUCAUACCAGCGAAACUUCGGAGAACAAAGUCCACCGAGGACCAAAAUGCUAAUCUGACAGCUGGCAUUAUCUCCCAUUCUGAUACAGGUGUUGGUCAUGAUCAGUCCUCCGCAAUAGAGACCCUUCAUGCCGUGACAAGCUACAAUGACACCAGCGUACACAGCCAGUGGGCUGACGUACCCUCCCCCCCCAUCUCUCCUACAUCAGACCAAUCAAGCGGUUCGAGUGCUGUAUCUCGAUCCUUUCCGCCUCUCUAUUCCCUGUCGUCGACGCAGAUGUUUUGCUUAUGUUCUAAGCUCCUCACAAAUCCGUUCUCAGAGCGCUUCGAGCUGAAUCCUGUCCUCCUCAACAUCAGUCAUCCGUUGCUUUCCAGGCCUCUUCAGAGAAGGCAUUGCCUCCGAGUUCUUGACUUGAGCGGCAAUGGUGACAGCGUGUAUUCACAUACAAUCGCUACUCUACCUUAUGCUACAGUUUGCCAGGUUCCGCAGAGGCAACGCGAGGUCCAGACUCAAAGUUCGCCUUCGUUACCCUUCGGACCAAAAAGCUUUGACGUUGUCUCCACGAGGACCCUUUACAAGUCGAUAUCAAUCACCCACCAGCCAACCUCGCCAAGUCGGCCCUGGAGUAACGAGAAGACUCUAGAAUCGUGGAUUCGAGAGAUACAUCGUGUAUUAGAUAAUGGCGGUAGCUUUGAGUAUAUCUUCUUUGAGCGCCGACUAAACAAUGCCGGACCACUUACCAGGGAAGUGGAGCCCUUCCUCUACGAAGAAGACCAAUUCUAUUUCUUCAAUCAGGAUCAACACCAGAAUUCGCGCUUUACUGUGCGAGAGAACUGCACUCCUUGUUUAUCGACUACAACUUGCGGGCUCGUGACUGCAGUCCGGUUUCUCGAACUCCUUGCUAAUGAGGGAUUUACCAUAGAGAAGAAUACAACGCUCAUGUUUCCUCUUUCUCUUCUCUCCACAGCCUUUACGCAGGAUGGACAACGCUUUCGAGAAAACCGAAGAGAGUCCGAGCUUGACAAGCCAGAUGUAAACCCGAAGCUUGCUUUGCUUGCGGAGAUGGUCUACGAAGAGUGUAGGGUGUCUCAAACCGCGUGGAGGUGCAUCAUAGGUUGCGCACAGAAGACGUAG